ACAAAUAACGAGUACAAAUGGAAGUAGCCAAGGUGGGAAGGUUCUACCUAUUGGCUAAUUUCUUGUGCUUGUUUUCAUCUAUAUGGAGGCAGCAAGAAAAGAGGUUGAAGAUAAACAUGAUAAGAAGAAGCAAUUUUCAAUGGUGAAUCCUAAACGUGCAUUUUUCAACAGAAAAUGGACAACUUUAGACCGACGUACUGCUGCUGGAAUUUUGUUCUUGCAUUUGCUUUCUCUCUUGGCCCCAUUUCACUUCAAUUGGGCUGCAUUUUGGGUUGCUUUUGCACUAUAUUUGAUUACAGGUGCCUUAGGGAUUACGCUCUCGUAUCACAGGAAUCUUGCACAUAGAAGUUUUAAACUUCCUAAAUGGCUUGAGUACUUUUUUGCAUAUCUUGGAGUGCAAGGCUUUCAGGGUGAUCCAAUUGAUUGGGUUAGUACGCAUAGAUAUCAUCAUCAGUUUGUUGAUACCGAUAGAGAUCCACACAGUCCCAUGCAAGGAUUUUGGUUUAGCCACAUGACAUGGAUGUUUGACUCAUAUGGUUUGACUGAAAAGAUUUAUCCGAAAAAUCUCGAAGAUUUCAAGGAAAGAGAAGCAAAACGAACACUUUCUCGCAAUUGGUUUGUGGGUUUUCUAAAGUAUGGAAGGCCAAAGAAUGUUGAGGAUUUGCAGAAACAAGGUUUCUACAGGUUCCUUCGUAAAACAUACCUUCUUCAUCCCAUAGCUCUUGCAAUUGUUCUCUAUAAAUUUGGAGGACUUCCCUUUGUUGUUUGGGGAAUGGGAGUGAGGCUGAUUUGUGUUUUACAUGCUGCACUCUUCGUGAAUUCAGCAUGCCACAUUUGGGGCUACAGAAAGUGGAACACCAAUGACUUAUCAAAGAACAAUUGGAUAAUAGGAUUGAUUUCUUUUGGGGAAGGUUGGCACAACAACCACCAUGCUUUUGAAUACUCAGCUAGACAUGGUCUUCAAUGGUGGGAAUUUGACUUCACGUGGUGGGUUAUCUUAUUACUUCAAGCUCUUGGAUUGGCAACUGAUGUCAAAUUGCCCACUCAACUUCAUAAGCAAAAGUUGGCCAUCCAAUAUAAAAUCACUUCACCAUGUGAUUCCUCUUAAGUAUUAUUGUGAUCUUUUUGCAUUUAUUUAGUUCUUGUUCUUGCUUGUUUUUUAAAUAAAAAAGAAAGAAAAAGAAAAUAAAUAUGUACAUGGAGUCUUAUAUGACUUCUUAAAUCUUUUUAUGUCAUUCGAGUAUUAUGUUUUCAAACAUUAUGGAUUAUUUUCUCUCCAUAAUAUAUUUAUUAAUGAGAAUGAUCUUUAGAUUAUAGAAUC